ACGACCUCUAAGGCCCAGUGGUGGCCUACUGACCUAGAGGUCCCGCGUUCGAAUCCCGUCGUACAACGAAUUCUUCAAGUCCCUUCUAUUCAACGCUCGCAUCAUAGUCCAAAUAUUUUUCGUGAUGGGAGGUUUCCUUAUGGCGUAUAAGAUGCUGGUCUAUGCUGAAAAUCAUGAGUUCACCCUGAAGACGAUACCGAUGGCUAUUGUCAACAGAUGGUUGAGGUUAAUUCCAGCAGUUCUAGUAGUGAUGGGUCUGGCGAUGACCUGGGUACCCCACACUGGCUCAGGACCCAUGUGGGAUGCUGUCGUGACCCGCGAACGAGAUAUUUGCAGGAAGAAUUGGUGGCAGCUGGUCGUUCUAAUGCCAAAUCUGUUCCCUUUCGAACAUCUUUGCUUGCCACAAGCCUGGUAUUUAGGUACAGACACACAGCUGUUUCUGAUUACAAUGGUCGUGCUGCUGAUAAUUUGGCGUUGGCCAAGGUCGGGAGUACCAGUUCUGUCGCUCGUGAUGGUUGUGAGCUUGUUAAUACCCUUCCUGCAAAGUUAUUUCAUGAAUCUCCUACCGAUACGUGUCAGCAUCUUUCCGGAGUCAAUUCGUGAUAUAUUCGGCUACAAUGAUACGUUCUAUCACGCCUACGUCUCAGCUCAGGGUAACUGGGCUGGAUACCAUCUCGGAGUUCUCACAGCGUGGUUCUAUCACAGAGCUCAAGCCAAAAAGUGGGACUUGGGAGGUUCAAGGAUUCUCCAAUUCCUAUUCAUCGUAUCGAUACCAGUUGCAUUUGGUACCGUGUUGAUGGGAUGGGAUCUUCACCAUCGCGAAGCCUCAGCCUUCGAGGCCGCCAUCUUUAACGCUCUUAACCAGAAUUUCUUCGCCUUUGCCAUGUGUAUUUUCAUUAUUGGUUACUUCUACAAAUGCAACAAAGUGUACGUCGGAUCUGUGGAGUGGGGACCGCUACAGCCUCUUGGGAGACUUUCAUACUGCGCUAUGUUAUUGCACGCGACUGUACUCAGAACGUACGGCGGACAAAUGAGGCGGUCUUUCUACGCCACGGAUUAUACAGCUAUAAUGUUGUUCGGGGGCAUUGUGUGCUCUACUUUCCUCCUGUCCCUGCCACUCCACCUUUUCGUAGAAGCACCAGCAUGUCAGCUGCAGAAGAUCUGGUUCAGCCCUCGUAGAACUAAUCAGGAUGAAAAGCCGAUGUCUGUCAAGCCGGGCAUCUCCAGUGUAUCAGUAUCCACAGUCUCUACUCAUAUUUAAAUUUUGUUCCUCUUGGAGGAUUCCAUUUACCGUUGUCUGUUUUUCUUCACUCCUCAAAGGCAUCUUGGCUUCACAUGACCACAUUAAAAUGUUACCACUUUUUAUCUUUUGAGUAACAAUACAUAAAAGAUCAAUAAACGUGAACGAAAUUUGGAAAUAUGGAUAAAGUGCUCAAAGAAGUAAAAACUAGCCUCAAUGGUUGAUGAAAAAAAAAGUAUGUGUAUACUUAUGUAUGCACGUAAGAAGUUACACGAGUACUUCUUUGGCCUAACGAAGCAAAAAUCAUUAAAAUGAUUCAUUUCUCGUGCUAUUCUCCGUUUUUAGAAAGAACAAUUUUGUAAAAAUGUUGCAAAGAUGGCUUUGAAAAUUAAAUAAUGAAUACGGCUGUAUGGGCUUGAACCCUUUGCCUGUUCUAACAAUGGACUAAGAAACCAAAAAUUUUUGAAUUUGGAUUUUUAUUCAUUCUCCUAGCGGUGGCCAAAUAUUAUAAGCGAAAAUAGAUUUAAAAAUGUUAUCUAAUUGUCCAUUGGACCCAAGAAACUCUGCACUUUCCGGCGAGUGCUAUGGCCAUCAGGGGCGCAGGGCCGACUGUGGGUAUGUGAGGGGUGUGGUUUCAUUUAUGGCCAUACUGAGCAUUGCUACGUCUGUGCCCACGGGCCACGGCUGGUGUAAUUCCAGAAAUUCGGCGGGCGUAGAACAUACGAGACACAGGGCAAGCGGGGGUCGAGAGCACCCCCUCUCUCUGUCUCAUGGCCUCAGGGGGUUUAAACCAAAGCGAGAAAAGCCUUGCCCAUACGUUGAUCAUAAGUAUCGUCAUCAUUCGAUGCAAGUAUCGUUUCUUAUUUUUAAUUUUAAAAUUAGUCAGUAAUUGUGGUAAUACACAAAAAAUCAGCAAAAUAUGUAUAUAUCAAGUUAGCCGCCUAUUUUCAGAGACGAAUGAGCGAAUUUCUCUUAAAACGGACAUAUUAUUUUAUUAAUUAGAUCCCCUUUUGUUUCUGCAUUCUUUUUUAAGACUAACUCUUCAAAAUUUUAUGUAAAUAUCAAUAUGAAAUGAAAAAUUAUUAAGUAAUGGUUCUAUGUAGUUUCCAUGCAAUUUAUUUAUUUUCAAAAAAUAUCUAAAAUCUUUCAGUUUACUAAUUCCAUUAUAAUAUUUUUGGGAUAGAGCUAUCUAAAUAUAUGAACAUAAUAUCUUUGAGCUUAAGAGAUAAAGACACGCAGAGAGAAUAUAUUAGUGUUUAAGGAACGAAGAAAUAUAUAAUAAAAUUUAUUUUUAAAAUUAUAUUGUUAGUGUGUAAUAAAGUGUAUAUAACAAUUUUAAGAACAA